AUGUCUGAACCCGAGGAGCAACACAAUGACUUGCUGUAGGUUUAUAUAAAAAUAGUUUGCUUUUUGUAUAACUAAAGUAAUAAUAUUGCUACACAAUAAGUUACUUCAUAGCUAAAUACAAUUAAAGGACCACUAGAGGCACCCAGACCACUUCAGCUCAAUGAAAUGGUCUGGGUGCCAGGUCCCUCUAGUUUUAACCCUGCAGCUGAAAACAUAGCAGUUUCAGAGAACCUGCUAUGUUUCACUGAGGGUUAAACCAGCCUCUAGUGGCUGUCUCACUGACAACCGCUAGAGGCCCUUCCGCGAUUGUCACUGUGAAAGUCAUAGUGAGAAGAUGCUUGAAGUCCAUAGGAAAGCAUUGGGUAAUGCUUUCCUAUGGGCGGUUUGAACGCGCACGCGGCUCUUGCCGCGCAUACGCAUUUGGACCUGACAUCGGCAGGGGGUGGAGAGUUCCCCAGCACCGAGGGAGCCUGGCGCUGGAGAAAGGUAAGUGGCUGAAGGGGUUUUAACCACUUCAGCCCAGCGGGAGGGGGGCCCUGAGAGUGGGGGGGACCUAAUGACGAGUUUGUUUUCCUUGCACUAUAGUGGUCCUUUAAUUUGAAUGACAGUGUCAUCGUCUUGAGCAGGUCAGGUAAGAGACUUAUGCCAGGGUUAACGUUUGGUUGUUUAUCGGAGACUUUAGACAUACACACAAUUGGUAUACUUAGCAAGGCAAAGAGGGAGGUAAGUAAAGAAUGGAGAACAGAAAAGAGAGUUAGGCAAAUGGUAGCAGGAAAAUCUAUAAGCGGAAUUAUAGAUGAGAUUGAAAGAGAACCUAUAAACAGAAUUAUAGGUAAGUAGGUAGUAGGUGAAGUAAUAGAAAUAUAGGUUUAGGCAAUAUGCCCCAGGCAGGUUGUUAUCAAGAAAUAAUUAGAUAGUAGCAAAUACCUGUAGCAGAAAGUAUAGGAUAUAUAAAAAAACAAGCAAAUCAGUACAGAACGGAAAGGUUUCAAAUUUGCAAGUAAAAUAGAAAUUUAAUGAAUCAGCCCCCUUUUGGAAGGAGCACUGAUAAAGCAGGUAAAUUACGCUUUGCAGUAUUGGUUAGUAUCGUAGUUCAGGUUGGUAUCAAAGCAGGUUGGUUGCGUAGAUCAGGUUGGUAUGAAGCAGGUUGGUAUCAUAAAGCAGGUUGAUGGUGUAGUUCAGGUUGGUAUGAAGCAGGUUGGUAACAAAGGUUGGUUUGUAGAGUAGUUCAGGGGAAUAUAAAGAAGCUGGGUAGCAAAGAAGGUUUGUUGUGUAGAUCAGCUUGGAAUAAAGUAGCUUGGUAGUGUAAAUAAGGAUGGCAUUCAACAGGAUGGUAAUAAAGUACGUAAGUUCACAGGAGCCAGGAAUAGAAGUCUUUUCAGGUUAACCAUCAACUUCGUAUUGAGCAGGGUGUAGCCUUUUGUAGGAUAAGUAAUUAGCCGAGGAUGGUGAGGUAGAGGGAUGGAACGUUCAGACCUAGUGGUUAGGGAGGCCACUAGUGGCAAAACAUAGUUACUGCUGGUACAAACUUGAAUGAAAGUUCUGAAUAAAGUUCUGAAUUAAGGGUUUGGAUCCUGACAGACAGCCAGUAACAAAAUGAGUGUGUGACUGUGUGAAUGCCUCCAAAUCUACAGUUUAAAAUUACUGGGGGAUACUUUAAAAAGUUGGUUUUCAAUUCAAUGUCCAGUGUCCACUACUUUUAUUAUAAACCUAGACAUUAUAACCUAGUCACUUGCUGGUCGCUAUCAGAGAUAUGUUUAUUAUGGUGCAACGGAUCACCUGGCACCCCGACUGGGCACUUCCAUUGAAAGACGCUUCCUAGCUGACGCUGAGGACCAUAAGCACCGCACUGGACACCACAACCACCGCAGUCUCCACAACCACCGUAGCUUAACUGGAGUCUCGCCGUCUUCCUUCCACCCUGGAUCAACCUCUGUCCUCCAGGACCGUGUGGGAAAGACAUCUCCUCAAUAAGAGCAUCAGGAACAGCUCUUAAAAUAGCUAAGUGAUUAGAGUUUAGGGGAGUAUACAAAGUAUAGCAAUACCCAGUGUGAAUAUAGCAGUUCUACAAUAACGAGACAAGGCUAUGUAUUGAGGGUGAAGCAGAACAGAGUGAACUGGGGGUUUAUUGUCUCUUUUAUACAAGUUUUCCCACAAGGUUACCACCCAUGUGGACCUUGUGGAGCCAGGACACAAAGUUACAAAGCCAAUCAAAACACUCUUGUACAGUUAGGCACUCCCAGAUAAUGUACACAAACCCUCCCCUCUGCCUGUGAUACAACUACCAGACACAAUGGACUAACUCAAUUACCCACAGGCAGAAAACACACAUUUUUCACAAAACACAGAAAACACCCCAAAACAUCACAUAUCCCCACAAAUACAUACAUCCCUGGAUAGCCUUGGUCUGGGUGAACAACAUAUCCAGAAAUCACCCAGAUCAGAGCAGGGGUUCAAAAGUUUUGUGGAAGUCAUAUUUGACCAACCGCAAGCAUGGUUUUCAUGCCCAAAACAGUUCCACAGAUUUAGGCUGUGAGGCCGGUCUAUCUUCUCCUCUAUCCUGGAGAUAAUUGGCUUAAGUGGUAACUUAAUUAUCUCCAGGUACAGGAAAUAUCUCUAAGUCAAAAACUGUUACAAAAACCACAUAAAAAUACAUAACUCUUAUAAUACAAUGUUUAACCUAUAUGUCCGACAUAUCGCCAGAUAGCUUGGAUCUGACCGCUCAAUAUGUCCAAUGUUAAAAGUGUCCUAUAGUACAAGGAAGGGUGGGGUCAGACAAUAGCAAGGGCUAAUGGGAGAUUGAGGAGGUCUGGCAGUGUCAAUGGGACAACGCCCUGCUGGAGAAACAAUAGGACAGGAAAAAGAGGGAGGGGAAGAGGCACAUUUUCCCAUGGAAGUCACUUUUUAACAUGUAUUUUUGCAGGGCCCAUUGUCUUUGGGCAAAAGGCUGGCCAUUAGUCCUCUCCAAAAACCAGUGGCGAAGGUUAGUUCGUCACAUACGGUAAUGCUAAUUUACUAACUAAAAAAACUACUCUCCAUUCGUUCCACUUUGGUGGAAUUUGAUUGGCAUAGCUACAAUGUAUUAUAAUUAAUCAUUCAGGUUUUACCCUACAGAUGACUGAUUUUAACACCCCUGAGGUGAUAUCCAAUAGUCUCUAUUGGAUAUCCCAUAUUUCUCUAAAACAACUGUAGAUUUUGAUAAACGCUUUCAACAACGCUAAAAGAUAUGGAGGUGAAAGAUCAACCUUAGUAUUUAAAUACCAUGGAAAUUUCAUACUGAUUUGAAGGAUAUUCAAAUUAACAGACAAAACAAAUUAAACUUCACAAAUACAAGAUGUUGCAUAAAUUUAAAUAAUAUGUUUUAAGGAAACAUCAUUCCAUUGUUAACCUGAUAAAAAUGUCAAACUUCAUUUAGAUGGUUUCAUAUUGUGCCUGAAACUUAGCAUUGGGUUAAAAUUAAUCUGUUCCUGUUUUUUUCCCCUUAGUAUAUUGGAGGAACUCAAAGUCCUGUACUCUGAGACUGACACUUAUGAAGUGCAAGAACUCUUGGGCAGUGGCACCUUUGGGCAGGUUGUAAAGUGUGUUAAAAAAGGAACCAGUGAGAAUGUGGCCAUCAAAAUGUUAAAGAACCACAAAUAUGUUGCUGAAGAUGCACAAGAAGAGAUAAAAAUCCUGACCCAGCUGAACAAGGAACGCCCAGAUGAAUUCAAUGUCAUUAAAGCCCAUGAGUUCUUCCUGUACAACAAUAUCAUCUGCCUUGUGUUUGAGAUGCUACAUAUGAGUCUCUUUGACUACAUGGAAUCCAUUGGUGGCUCGUUUCCUGUGAGAAUGAUCCGCCCUAUCGUGGCACAGGUGGGCAUUGCACUGGCAAAGCUCAAGAGUCUUGGAAUAAUCCAUACAGACUUGAAGCCAGACAACAUCAUGCUGGUGGACAAUAUCACACACCCAUUAAAGGUCAAGGUGAUAGACUUUGGCUGUGCAUUACAUGUGUCCGAGGCUCGGUGUUCGAGUUAUAUACAAGCAAGAUGUUAUAGGUAAGCUUAAAUGAGAUUGUUAGUGCAUUGAUAUUCUUUACUUUUAUGAAAUUAAUAUAAAGAAUAAUGUUAAAGGGACACUAUAGUCACUACAACUACUACAGCUUAUUAUAGUUGUUCUGGUGUCUAUAGCCUGUUCCAGCAGGGGUUUUGCUGUAAACACUACCUUUUUAGGAAUACAAGAUUGUGCUCCUGACCCUAUAGUGUUCGUUUAAUCAGAUCACAUAAUUUUUUUUUCAGUUUUUAUGAAAUAUUUAGUGACAUUAGUGAUUUAUCUGUUUUUAUGAAAUGUUUAGUGGCAUUAUUAAACCAGUUUAUGGCUUCUGGAGGAGUUUAUCAGCCAACUAUGUCUACACACAGUGCUCUUACAGAGGGCAUGUUUUAUACCCAGUUUCCACAAGUGACAUGUCCUAACCUUAUAUCUCCCCUUUUUGUAAAUUGCAGGUCUCCAGAAAUUAUAUUGGCAUAUCCAUUCGGUGAGGCUAUUGACAUGUGGUCUUUGGGAUGCAUCAUGGCAGAGCUGUUCACAGGAUAUGUUUUAUAUCCCGGAGCAUCUGAGUAUGAUCAGGUGAGUGAAAAUCCAAUACAUAUUUAUGUCUAAUUGUAUGUUAAGGUCUCAAUCAGAAUCCAGACUGAAUUCACAUAGAAAGGCAUUGUGUAGCUGAUUUAUUUGAUUGUAUAGACAGGAGUCAAAUUGCAAUGUAAAAUAAAAUGGUCAUUUUCAUUUUAAAUUAAAUAGAUGUUUUCACUAAACAAGGAAUUGUAGUGACUUAAAGAUAUACAAUUGCUAAAAUUAAAAAAAUCUAUAUAGGUGAGCUGUGUCUUUAAAGGACCACUAUAGUGCCAGGAAAACAUACUCGUUUUCCUGGCACUAUAGUGCCCUGAGGGUGCCCCUACCCUCAGGGUCCCACUCCCGCCGGGCUGGAUGGCAAGGAAAGGGGUUAAACUUACCUUUUUUCCAGCGCCGGGCGGGGAGCUCUCCUCCUCCUCUCCGCCUCCAAUCCUCCUCUUCGACUGAAUGCGCAUGCGCGGCAGGAGCCUGGCGGGCAUUCAGCCAGUCUCAUAGGAAAGCAUUCAUAAUGUUUUCCUAUGGACGCUGGCGUCUUCUCACUGUGAUUUUCACGGUGAGAAGCACGCAAGCGCCUCUAGCGGCUGUCAAUGAGACAGCCACUAGAGGCUUCAGAGGCUGGAUUAACCUUUUUAUAAACAUAGCAGUUUCUCUGAAACUGCUAUAUUUAUAAAAAAAAAAAGGGUUAAUCCUAGAGGGACCUGGCACCCAGACCACUUCAUUAAGCUGAAGUGGUCUGGGUGCCUAGAGUGGUCCUUUAAGACAAAAUUAUUUUAAAGUGCAACAAGUGAUUUAAUGUGCAAAAGUGUGAUUUGCAUUACAGUGCAUGAAAUUUCUUAACACAUAUAUUGGGCACAUAUGUGCAAAACUGUGAUAAAAAUACACAAAACACUCACAUAAAAAUGCAUAUGCUGGUCAUCUCCAUGUAUCAUAAAAAAGGAGGAAAAGAAAUACAAAUGGUGUAAAUCUAUAUAACCAAAAGCCAAAUAUAAUAGAUAAAAUACACACUCACAAAUGUAGAGCAGAAGAGCCUGCUCUGACUAUGACAGCUCCAAAUAUUCCAUCCCUGGGUAAAAAAUGGCUAAAACAGUCGAUCCACAUCACAGAUUGAUUGCACAGAAUACCAUUUAGCAGCUUUAUCCAGAAUUCCCCCUUCAUACAAUGUAGCAGGUUCCAAGAGUAAAAAGCUGGCUUCUUUCACCAAGGUAACUGAGUGUGCCGCAAUCAAAAGACUUCCCGGGUGCGGAGUUGCAAGUCUGCAGGCGUGCAAUGUGUACUAAUUUACGUUCGUGCGUGGUCGAGCGUGAUGACAUCCAUAUGCAAAUAAUUUUAAAAAACUCUUUUAAAUAUACAACCUGAACUGCAGCAUUGUAUAAAGGGGGGAUUCUGGAUAAAGCUGCUACAUGGUAUUCUGCUAUAAAAAACACAGAGUGUCCCACAAAGGGACUGUGGUGUGUACAAGCAAACCUAGACAGGAGGUAACCCUAAAUUUUAAUCAUAGAGAGAAAGUGUAUGUCCAAGGGACAGAGUCAUAGUGGGCACACAGAAAUGGUUCCUUUUUGGAUAAACUUCAUAAAACAUAUAAUGAAGUAAAUUGUAUUACUAAACUGCAAGGGAGACAUAUAACACAAUUAAAAAGAGCUAUAAAGAGAUAUAAACUCUAUACUGGACCACCCAGGAGGAAAAAGUAAUACCAAGGAAAAGGUAAGGGACAGGAUACGUUAUCAAUUGAGUACUGAAAGCAGUGUACAUAAAUUAAAUCAAAGCUCCUAUUCCCAACUAAUAUGGUGGAUAUUUUCCUAUAGAUAAAACCUGCCCUGGCGAAACGCGCGUUGGUUUCACUAUUUAGCACAGCACGAUUUUUCAGCAUGUAGCACUAUUAUGAUUUUCAAGCACUUAUUUAGUGGGGGAAUAAGAAUUAUAAAAGUAACCUCUUGAGCAUGAUCUCUGGGAAGCAAUAGCAAGUAAGACCUUCAUCUACUUAGCAGUAUCUUUCAAGCAACUAGCAUCGUAGACACAGACAGUGUAUGCAGGAGUCUCAGAGUUUUGUCUUAAAGACACAGCGCACCUAUAUAGAUUUCUUGUAUUUAUUGUGUGUUCUUAUGAGCUGUUACACUAUUUAGGGUGCUUUUUUCACUAAUAUUUUGUCACGUGCUAUAAAUUUAAUUAGAGGACAAUUAUUAUUAGCGCCUUUAUAUCCACUUGUUCCUUUUUCGUAUUUUAAUUGCUAAAGUUAGGCAAAAGUCCAAACUUGACUAGAUAUAGUUUCCCCCAUUACCCCACCCAUGCGCAGCAAGUAAGGGCUAUUUAACUAAAUAGGAGACCCAGUGUUCCCCUCCAGCCUCCAACUGAAUGUGGGGCACAGUGCUUCCCCAGCCACCACGCAUUGGUGGUAGGUAGGGACCCUAAAUAAUAAUGGAGGUACCUAUUGUCACCACCAGCCCCAAUUCAUUGGUGGCGGGUGGGAGCCCUAAAUAAUAAUGGGAGGGUAAUAAGUGUGUGGGAACCCUAAAUAAUACAAUGAUGGCUGGACCUAUUGUCCUCCCUAUCAGAGUGCUCUGACAGAUAAAUCUUGAGACUUUCUGUUAGUCUCAAGAUGUACCUGUAAGUGAACUCUGAUUAAAUGGCUUAAGUCAACCAAUCAAGGUGAUCUGAGGCAAAUUGCACAAAAAGCUUUAUAAAAUUGGUCCUAACUGGGUAAAGAUGUAUUUUUUUUCCCUCCAAGUAUUUUUUUCUGAGUGUUUUUUUUUGCGAUUUGUUUAUUUUUCAUUUUUUUUCCCUUCAUAUUAAUAUUUCAACGCGACUUUAUGAAUUUUUAUCUGGCCUGUUUGUGGUUGGAAAAAAAAGACAUCUAAUGGUAAGUAUUAUUUUUUUAUUUUCCACAUAUUAAGUUCAUUGCUCCCUCCCCCUAACUAUGAUUAGGUUGAGGUGGUUAGGUAAAAUAUUUUGUUAUUGGGGGUUAACCUGGAGCUUGGGUCCCGUGAUCACAGGGAUAGUGGAAUUAUUACUUAGUAAUUAUUUACUAUUAGACCAAAUUUGCAGUCAAUGGGUGGGGGCUGGGAUGGAUCAAUAGCUCCACCCUCCAUUUUUAUUGCGUAAUCUAAAUUAAUGUCUGAAAUUCUACUGAAAAGAAAUUAACAAACGGACUAAAUGCAAUUUGGACUAAACAAAAUGUUUUGAAAAUUUAGGCAGCACUCAAGUCUACUUAAUAUUACUGUUUUUGUUUGUAUAGUUCAGACAGAAGAGAAGCUGGAGAUUAUGGAUAAGUUACAGUUUUAAUGUGGGUACAUUAAAUUUUAUGUCCGCUUUCUUUCUCCCUGCAGAUCCGCUACAUCUCUGAGACCCAGGGUUUGCCCGAUGAAUACAUGCUCAACAGGGCAAAAAAGACCCAUCUGUUCUUUAAAAGACACAGACAUUACCAGCAUUCACCAUGGAGAUUGAAGGUGAGACCUUAUAUAUCAACCAUAUGUAUAUAAAAUUAAAUACAGGACAAAAGGUUCUGCAAGUCCUACAAUAUUAUGACAGUCCAAGCACAUGAUUUACCAUGGAGUGGUUAAAUCGACAUUCCAAGAUUCCUAGUUUGUUUAUCUUAUUAAAGUGAAGUUUUACACACUAAUAUUCAGUAAUUUGGAAGUGUAGAUGUGAUAAAUCAUAGAUAACUGUUCCUUUGUAAAGAGUUUUAACUAGUAACCCCCUUUAUCCGUCAGCUUUGCAGCCAAUUAAAAAAUAAAUUAUCACCACUAAAUGGUAAUAAUAAAAAAAAGACCAAACUAUUCAGACUCAGGACAGCUAAUGGAUAAGUUAAUGGCAAGAAAUGUUUAUUGGUUCCAUCCUUACAUUAUCAGGAAACUCAUUGGGACACUGGAAAAUGCUACAGUGAAUGAGUUUCUCCUUCUAGAAACUAAUGGAGAAUCUUUUUGUUUUCCUCUAGUCUAAAGACCGCUACGAACGUGAGACUGGUAUUAAGCCAAUAGAAAGAAGGCAAAAUAUCUUCAGUUGUCUUGAUGACUUGGCAAAGGUACUGUAUUUCCAGGGCUCUCUCAUUGACCUAAAAUAGAAGUUUAUAUGGCAGCCUGCCCUAACCCAUGUUAUAUUCUCUAAGAUAUUCUGGAUAUCCUGAAGAAAAAUACUUUAAAACAGCCUGGUUGAUCAUGCACAGAGGAGAUGGUGGAGCAAUCUCUUUGUGCUUAACGUUGGGUUUGAAGAGCAACAGCAUGAGGACACAAAAAUAUAUGUGCAUGGUUCAUAUGUACUUACAUUUUGUUGUAAUUUAAUAUAAUUACUGUUUCCCUCUUUUGUAGCUGUUUGAUUCCAAAAUCUUAUAAAAAAUUAAAACCCCUAUCUUAUUUUUCAAACCCCUAUGUUGUCUUCAGAUAUCUAUUUUGUAACUCGAGUCUGAAGAUCGGUCAAUAACCACAAACAGUUUUUCCAAUGGCAUGGCGGCUAUUUACCAGGAAGCCAACCAAACACUAUAGAAAUUAGGAGGUAGAGAGUACUGUACUUACUGCCAUUAAUGGUGGCUCUGUGAUACAAAAAAAAAGUUAAAUUUUUUUGUGAUUACAUGUUUUUAUGCUAACAAACCUCACUAACAUAUCUCACACAAUUUUUCUCUCUCUUCAGACAUAUGCACUGUCAGAGGCAGAUAUCUGUUGCACAAUGGUGGAGAUGAAUGAUGCAUGGCAAUGUCUUGAUCUCAUUAAAGAGAUGCUUGCUAUAGAACCAGAGAAGAGGAUUACUCCCAUAGACCUUCUCAGCCAUCCCUUCAUCACCAUGGCUCAUCUCACACACUUCUCACAAAGUUCAUAG